AUGCCACGAGAAGCGGAGCCGUCUCUCGCGGAGAAGACGUUUGUGUUGAAGGCGCUCGAGGAAGGCCUGCGGCUGGACAAUCGCAAAUUCGAUCAGUUCCGGUCCAUCGACCUCACAUUCGGCCAUGACUUUGGCAUGGCAGAGGUCCAAUGUGGCAAGACGAGAGUCGUCGCCAACGUCUCGGCCGAAGUGACGGUUCCCUACGCCGACCGGCCCUUUGACGGCAUCUUCACCAUCACAUCCGAGCUCAGCCCGAUGAUGGCGCCCUCGUUCGAGGUCAACCGGCCGACGGAGGAAGAGGUGCUCCUCUCGCGCACGCUCGAGAAGACGAUACGGCGCUCGGGUGCCCUCGACACCGAGUCGCUGUGCCUCAUCGCCGGCCAAAAGUGCUGGGCCGUCCGCGUCGACCUGCACGUCCUCACCCACGACGGGAACCUCGUCGACGCCGCCUGCCUGGCCGUCAUCGCCGGCCUGCGCCACUUCCGCAAGCCCGAAACGAGCAUCGAGGGCGAGGCCCUGACCAUCUACACGGCCGCCGAGAGGGAGCCGGUGGCGCUGAGCUGGCUGCACUCGCCCUUUUGCGUCACCUUCAGCUACUUUGGCGACGACGGCGAGACGGCGCUGCUCGACACGAACUGGCUCGAGGAGCAGCUUCGCAUCAGCAGCUGCACCUUUAGCCUCAACAAGCACGGCGAGAUCUGCCAGGUCUCCAAGCUCGGCGGCAGCGACAUCGACGCGCCGGUGUUUGUCCAGUGCGCCCGGACGGCGCUCGCCAAGUCCAAGGACCUGUCCGACCUCGUCGACGCGAAGCUGGCCCAAGAUGCGAAGCGCCGAGACAAGGGCGGGCUCAUGGCAGAGCUCACGGCCGAAAACGAACGGCGAGCCCAAGCGAUGGGGAGAACGCGGCUGCUGCAUGUCGAAGGCGGGCCAACCCAAGAACGUCGACGACGCAACGACGCAACGACGAUGGGGACCAAAACCAUCAGUAUGUCUCCGAGACGCCGUGCCAAACGACAUGUCCCCCGUGCCCUGGCUCAUGGUCGCGACCCGGACCGGUCGACCCGGACCGGUCGACUACCGCAUGAGGGGCGGCCUGGACUCCUUGUUCCACUGGACCCGGGUCCGCACCCAAUCGACGGCUUCCCUCACGCCGUCGCCGGUCAGGGCGCUCAUGGCCAGCACCCGCGAGUCGCGGAUGCUCGCGGCCUUGUCGCCCUCCAUGACGCGCUUGACGAGCCCCUCCUUGAUACGGAUGGUCUCGACGCAGUCCUCGCGGUCCUGCUUGUUGGCGAGGAUCAGCAGCGGCACGCCCUCGGUCUCCGAGUGCUGCAGGACGUCCUCGAGGACGAGGCAGCACUCGUCGAGCCGGCCCGAGCUGUUGUCGUGCUCGAGGGUGCCGUCGCCGAUGUCGGUGCUGUCGAUGAUGAAGACGAUGGCGUGGCAGCUCGCGUAGUAGCUCUGCCACAGGUUGCGCAGCGAGUGCUGGCCGCCGACGUCCCACAGCUUGAGGUACAUGUCGGGCAGGCUGAUGGUCGACACGUUCUGGCCGACCGUCGGCACCGUCUUGAGCUUGGCCUCGGGGCCGCUGGGGUUGAAGAGGGCCUUGACCUGCUCGUGGAACGUCGUCUUUCCCGCAUUGUCGAGGCCGAGGAGGAUGACGGAGUAUUCUGCGAGGGGAGACGCCAGCCGUCAGCGCUUGCACCACGUCAUCGUCCCGACUUGAACGCAGAGGGGAGAGGAGCGCAGGCUCGCUCGCUCGAUGGAGCGGAAGGGAACCGAGGCUCGGCCGACGGAGCGACUGACCUUCUUUGCUCGUCGCGUAGAGAUACAGGCCCUUGCAGAGGUGGUACAUUAUUGACGUCGACGCUGCUGCCUCCUCCGGGAUGCCGUCACGAGGGCCGCGUUCAUCGGGUGGGUUGUUAUUCCCGAGUUCUCGGACGAAGGAGAGUUGCCGUCGAGUGGAAUGGAAUCUUCGCGAACGUGGCGUGGUCUCGUUUGAAGCUGCCGUGCGGAUGUCGAUCGGAGAUUGUGGCCCAAGAUACGGCUGGUGGUGGCUGGAUGGCGCGCUGGCGUCUGCGGGAAGGCGAUUGA